AUGUUCAUUCUCAACUGUACGUUUAGCGUUCCCUCCCAACAGUUUUGCGCUCCUCAUAACAGUUUUGCGCUCCCUACCAACAGUUUUGCGCUCCCUCCCGACAGUUUUGUGUUCCCUCCCGACAGUUUCACGCUCCCUCCAGACAGUUUCGCGCUCCCUCAUAACAGUUUUGCGUUCCCUCAUAACAGGUUUGCGCUCCCUCAUAACAGGUUUGCGCUCCCUCAUAACAGUUUAGCGCUCCCUCAUAACAGGUUUGCGCUCCCUCCCAACAGUUUAGCACUCCCUCAUAACAGUUUAGCGCUACCUCAUAACAGGUUUGCGCUCCCUCUUAACAGUUUUGCGCUCCCUCAUAACAGGUUUGCGCUCCCUCAUAACAGGUUUGCGCUCCCUCAUAACAGUUUAGACCUCCCUCAUAACAGUUUAGCGCUCCCUCAUAACAGUUUAGCGCUCCCUACCAACAGUUUUGCGCUCCCUCCCGACAGUUUUGCGUUCCCUCCCGACAGUUUCGCGCUCCCUCAUAACAGUUUCGCGCUCCCUCAUAACAGUUUUGCGUUCCCUCCCAACAGUUUUGCGCUCCCUCAUAACAGUUUUGCGCUCCCUCAUAACAGGUUUGCGUUCCCUCAUAACAGUUUAGCGUUCCCUCAUAACAGUUUUGCGUUCCCUCAUAACAGUUUUGCGUUCCCUCAUAACAGUUUUGCGUUCCCUCAUAACAGGUUUGCGUUCCCUCAUAACAGGUUUGCGUUCCCUUAUAACAGUUUUGCGUUCCCUCAUAACAGGUUUGCGUUCCCUUAUAACAGUUUUGCGUUCCCUCAUAACAGUUUUGCGUUCCCUCAUAACAGGUUUGCGUUCCCUCAUAACAGGUUUGCGUUCCCUUAUAACAGUUUUGCGUUCCCUCAUAACAGGUUUGCGUUCCCUUAUAACAGUUUAGCGUUCCCUCAUAACAGGUUUGCGCUCCCUCCCAACAGUUUUGCGUUCCCUCAUAACAGUUUUGCGUUCCCUCAUAACAGGUUUGCGUUCCCUCAUAACAGGUUUGCGUUCCCUUAUAACAGUUUUGCGUUCCCUCAUAACAGGUUUGCGUUCCCUUAUAACAGUUUUGCGUUCCCUCAUAACAGGUUUGCGUUCCCUCAUAACAGGUUUGCGUUCCCUUAUAACAGUUUUGCGUUCCCUCAUAACAGGUUUGCGUUCCCUUAUAACAGUUUUGCGUUCCCUCAUAACAGGUUUGCGUUCCCUUAUAACAGUUUUGCGUUCCCUCAUAACAGUUUUGCGUUCCCUCAUAACAGUUUAGCGUUCCCUCAUAACAGUUUUGCGUUCCCUCAUAACAGUUUAGCGUUCCCUCAUAACAGGUUUGCGUUCCCUCAUAACAGGUUUGCGUUCCCUUAUAACAGUUUUGCGUUCCCUCAUAACAGGUUUGCGUUCCCUUAUAACAGUUUUGCGUUCCCUCAUAACAGUUUUGCGUUCCCUCAUAACAGUUUAGCGUUCCCUCAUAACAGGUUUGCGCUCCCUCAUAACAGUUUUGCGCUCCCUCAUAACAGUUUAGUGUUCCCUCAUAACAGGUUUGCGUUCCCUCAUAACAGUUUUGCGCUCCCUCCCAACAGUUUUAAAAGUAACUAGCUUAUUUGCAAUGAAAAUAAUGUCACUAUUUCAAAAUAUCUUAAAUGGUCCUCUCAAACAGACUUUUGGGUGAAAUAUGAGCUGGACUUGUUCUUGACUGGUUUUGUGAGAUUCAUCCGUAUGUUUUUGAUUUGUUUUUGGGUUUUUUUGGUUCCAGAAACACAUUUUCUUUUCAGAUGAAAAGCAAAAGGGACGAAUAGUCUGACAGAUGCAGAACCUCAAAGGUGUUAUUACACAAUUCUCUACUGUAGUUUCACGUACUAUUGUUAUCCGGCCUCCUCUUCCCCCCCAUCAGUGUUACGUGCAAGUAAAUCAGGACUAUAUUUAUGAUGUCAUGAUCAUUUUUUUUUUUUUUUUUUUUGUGAAUUGCUUUUUUAAAAGUAUAUUGUGUUUUAUACAUGCUGAUAUUUUAUUGUGAUUUCAAGUAUAAAUAUAUUUUAAGGUAUAUUAUUUCACUGUGCCAUUUGGAGUCCCAAAUGAAAAUAAUAAUAAUUAAAAGGAAAUUAUCUAUCUCAAACCUUUAUAUACAGGGUUCCCUGCCUCUGAUUUGUACCGUUUAAAAGCAUCCAGCUUUGGAUUGGACAAUGAUGCACAUUUAGGCUAUAACAGUAUAUAGUAAACGCAAUUAUAUAUAACAUAAGGAAGAAAAACUCUAGAUAUUAAAUAUGAAUUAUGCUAUUUAUGUCCAGGGAAUGUCUCUCCAGAAGCUGUUUACUCUUUUUGAUGUACUGUUGCAGACAUCAAUGUCAUGUUGUUUAUCAGUCAUAGUUUAUAGAAAGAAACAUCACUACUAUGGUGCAAUAUAACAAGAGACAUUAUGCUAUGUUUACUAUAUCGGGGUACUAUAACCAUAAGUCCGCUACCGCUCAAAACAGGAAGUAAGAAGGAAACGGUUGUUUGUUGCGUCCUGCAUACAUGAAUGUAAUCACUGUAGCAUGUCACGCUAUUGUUAAACUUUCUCUUUUACAGUCAUUGUAUUUAAGGUCACUCGUAAGGCCAGAAACAUACUCGACACAAGUACGCAAGCGCAAAUGUUUGGCCCAUGUGUGUUCUUGCAUUGCUGUGGCUGUAACACACUUUUAAUACUCAAGGGGGCGAUAGAGUUAGGAUCAAAUACCUUUAAACUCAAUGUGUUGUUUCGAUAGCUAGCCACAAACUUGUCGAUGGUUUAUCAAACUUUAACUAGCUCAAAAAAAAGGUCAUUUUCUUUAUAAAAAAGCUAAAGUCGUGGUUUCGGUGAGGCACUUAUAGUGGAAGUGAAUGGGGCCAAUCCGUAAACGUAAAAGUGUAGCAAUUGUACAACGUCGUAUUAAACAAACGUAAACAACUUAUCAUGCUCAAGUAAUACUCGAGUAUUAACAGAAGAAUUAAUGUAAGUGUUAUUAUCAAAUUAAAAGCCAAAAAAUGGCCCCAUUGACUUCCAUUGUAAGUGUCUCACUGGAACCUCGAUAUAAAUGUGUUACAUUUGUAACAUUAUGCCACAAAUGGCGUCGACUGAGCUCAACUUGAAUCAGUAUAUUCCUUUAAAAUGCAAGGACGCAUGAAACCGAGCUUACGUAGCCAGACGCAGCUUGCAUACAGU